GUCUACCUGAUGCUAAGUUCCGUGUCGCAAUUUUAAUUGACUGCGCUGCAGAACGACCUUCGCUGCAGGCGAGUCAGUCUCGAUUGGGAUUUCGCGCUAUAAACUAGACUCUACCGACCGAUCCACUUCAAAUACUGAUCUUUCUUAGUCAGCGAUGCAAUCAGAAUCCUUCAAUAAUAAUGCACAGCUAACCGGUUGUGGAGCUAGUUGGCUAUGCAAUCCAAGAAGGCGAUUUCAUCGUUAUGUAGCCUUAUUCUUCAUAUGUUUUCUAACCUUUGGAAGUUACUUCUGUUAUGAUAAUCCUUCAGCACUUCAAGAUGUUAUGCUAAGUUCUUUAGGAAUGUCAAAAGUGCAAUUUAUGAAUUUGUAUGCCUUCUAUUCAUGGCCAAAUGUAUUUCUAAGUUUUGUUGGUGGUUAUCUUGUUGAUCGAGUAUUUGGUAUUUCAUUGGGGAGUAUUAUUUUCUCCCUGUUUGUUCUUCUUGGACAAAUACUAUUUGGUAUUGGUGCUUAUUAUUCAAGUAUUCCUGCAAUGUAUUUUGCAAGAUUGAUCUUUGGUGUUGGCGGGGAAUCGUUGGCUGUAACACAGAAUACCUAUUUAACUCAAUGGUUUCCACCGAAUGAAUUGACUUUAGUAUUUGGACUUCAGUUGAGUAUGUCACGUGUUGGAUCCACUAUAAAUAUGGUAACUAUGCAACAACUUAAUCGUGCUGUUGGCAAACACUUCAAUAUACAUUCAAAUCAACAACUGGGUGCAUCUUUAUUAAUAGCAGGUGUUACUUGCUUAUAUUCUCUUGUCUGUGCUAUAAUUAUGCUAUUUUUGACAAGAAGAGCUAAGCGCAUUUUAGGCGUUACUGGAGAAUCACUACACGAAAAACUUCUUCAGACUAAUUCUAAUGCCUCUAGACGAAUUGAUGAUAAUGAUGAACAACAGGACGGGGGACAAUCAUCUGCUGUCAAUAAAGAAAAUCAUGAGAAAAUAUCACUCCGGGAUAUUAUACACUUCCCCGGUGGUAUUUGGCUUGUUUGUAUAAUUUGUGUAGCCUAUUAUGUUACAGUAUUCCCGUUUGUUAGUUUAGGAUUGGUAUUUUUUGAAAGAAAAUUUGGUCUAUCUGUUCAAGACGCUGGUAUUGUCAACAGUCUGGUCUAUAUUGUAUCAGCUGUGGCAAGUCCUGUAUUCGGUUCAGCUAUCGAUUUUAUUGGUUAUAAUGUCUACUGGCUGUUUAGUGGUAUCAUUGUCACUAUGCUGUGUCAUAUAUGCUUUGCAUUCACUACUGGUCAAAUCCCACCGAUAGCUAUCAUGAUAAUUAUGGGCUUUGCUUAUUCAAUCCUGGCGAGUAGUCUAUGGCCAAUGGUUGCCUUCAUUCUACCAUUGCAUCAAAGAGGCACAGCCUACGGGUUGAUUCAAUCGGUACAAAAUUUAGGACUUGGUGUAAUCUCUAUAUUUGCUGGAUAUUUAGUCGAUACAAAGGGUUAUUUAUUCCUUGAGGUAUUCUUCACCUUCUGCCUAUCUAUUGCUAUCGCCUCGGCAUUCGGUUUAUUAAUCUGGGAUCAACGAUAUCUUGAUGGUGCAUUGAACGAGUCAGGUGCCAGUAGACGAUCGAAAACUGCUGCACAGAUUGCUGCUGAUAAUAUAAGUCAUGCAUCCUUGGAGCCAGUUGUUGCAUAAUCUAUCUAUCUAUAUAUAUAUAUAUAUAUAUAUAUAUAUAUAUUGUUUGUGAUUAUUACUAUACAAUAUAUAAUAUGUGACAUAAUUUCAGACAAUCUUAAUUCGUUCUCUGUGUGUAUUUUUUGUGUGUGUGCUGUGAACCUGUUAACAGCUACACAAACUGAUUGAUCGAUCGAGUUGAUUAUUUUCACACUGUGAUUACUAUUAUUAUUAUUAUCAUUAUUAUUCUCAAUUUUAAUCAA